UCCUCACACUCUCUACCCCCCCAAAAAUAAUGAAUCCUCUCUCUCUCCUCCUCUUUCUCUUCUCUCUCUCAAUCGGACCCACAUUAUCGACCGCGCCCCGAUCACGACUCCCUCCGCCUCAGUCUAAUCCGAAAACACACGGAUCCAUCCAAAAACCGCGCGGAGCACAUCGCGACUUAAUCCACCACGACCGAAACCGACACAGCUUCAUCUCCGCACACAUCCUGCGCAAAAAACAAACCGAAUGCGCCGGAUCCACUCCUCCGCCGUCGCCGCCUUCUCCGGCGGCCAAAUCCUUCGCAAUGCCGAUGCGCUCCGGCGCGUACACGGGCACGGGCCAGUACUUCGUCCGGUUUCGGGUCGGGACUCCGGCGCAGAAGUUUAUGCUUGUUGCUGACACGGGGAGUGAUUUGACCUGGGUUAACUGCAAAUACGAGGAGAGGAGGAAGAAGAAGAGGAAGAAGAGAAGCGGGUCGGGUCGAAAAGGGAAGCGGGUAUUUGAAGCGGGCUUGUCGAGGUCGUUUCACCCGAUAGAGUGCUCGUCCGCUAUGUGUGUUACGGAGUUGCCGUUCUCGUUGACCACGUGUCCGGUGCCGACGGCGCCUUGCGCUUACGAUUACGGAUACUCCGACGGAUCAACGGCUCAAGGGUUCUUCGCCAAGGAGUCAGCAACCAUCGAUCUAUCCAACGGUCACAAAAAGAAGCUGAAAGGCCUCGUGGUCGGGUGCACGUCCUCAUCCGUCGGAUCGGGCUUUCGAUCAUCCGACGGCGUUCUUGGCCUCGGACACAGCAAUAUCUCUUUUGCUCAAAAGGCCACGUCGCACUUCGGGGGGAGAUUCUCGUACUGCUUAGUGGACCACCUUAGUCCGAAAAACGCCUCGGCGUAUCUCACCUUCGGCCCGAACUUUUGGCUCCAGCCUUGCGCUCGCGCACGACCAGCUUUAUAAUUGACCCGACG